AUGGCGGGAACCAUGGCCAACAUGGUGGGCCAAUCUAAGAACAUGCUCACGAAUUAUGGCCAAUCCAUUUCUCGGGCGUUUGAUGGGAAUAAAAACAAAGAUUACAAUCAGAAUGGGGGAAGUGCCGCCAAUCCAGAAGGACAGGUUGCCCGCGAAGAUGGUCUUUAUGUACAUGUGAAUCCAAUUCUGAAGGUAGAAAAUGCCCCCACCUUCAUUCCCUCACUAUUUUCCAGGCUUUCGACAAUAUCGAGUGGAUUAGAAAGUUUAAACGACGCUGGCAGUUGGCCAUUAUGGCUAAUCUUGGUUUUCUGAUUGUUUUCGGGAUCAGAUGUAACUUCGGUGCCGCGAAGAAUUACAUGGCCAGAGAUUAUGUGGAUCCAUGGGGCGUGAAACACGUAAGUAAAAGGAAGUAACUCUAUGACAGAUUCAGUUUAGCAUGGUCAGUUUAACUGGACCCGAGGAGAGCUGGGGGUGAUGGAGAGCUCUUUCUUUUACGGAUAUCUCAUCACUCAGGUUCCUGCUGGCUUUUUGGCCGCCAAAUUCCCAGCAAAUAAGUAGGUGGAAAGAAAAGAUAGUAAAAUAAAGAGAAUAUAUUUGAACAAAUAAAUAUAAGUUCAGGAUGUUUGGGAUUGCAAUCGGUGGAGCCUCUCUUCUGAAUCUCUUCCUCCCAAUGGCUUUCAAAAGUCGCAAUGACGUCUUAAUUGCCGUCAUCCAAAUUAUGCAGGGAUUAGUGCAAGGGAUGGGUUACCCUUCGAUGCAUGGAGUCUGGAGACAUUGGGCGCCCCCAUUAGAGAGAUCCAAGUUGGCCACAACCGCCUUCGCUGGCUCCUAUGCUGGCGCUGUCCUCGGCCUUCCAAUGUCGGCCUGGCUGGUCUCUUAUGUUGGAUGGUCAACGCCUUUUUAUGUCUAUGGUAUGUUCCAAACAAAUGAUAUGAGAAUGUUUAGGGAUUGCUGGAAUUCUUUGGGCAAUACUGUGGUUCUCUGUCACCUUUGAAAAGCCGGCAUACCAUCCAACUAUUUCCACAGAAGAGAAAGAGUUCAUCGAAGAGCAGAUUGGCCAUGUUUCUCAUACACCUCCGGCGGUAAGAAUUAUUCUUGAACUAAUUAAUCCGUUGUUUGCAGCUGAAUACAAUCCCCUGGAAGGCCAUCUUGACCUCACGACCAGUUUACGCAAUUAUCGUCGCCAACUUUGCCCGAAGUUGGACCUUCUAUCUGCUGCUACAAAAUCAAUUGACAUACAUGAAAGAAGUGUUGGGAAUGAAAAUCAAUGACGUAAGUAAUCACUUUUCUGCAAAAAUGUAGUGAUUUGAUCAAGACAGAGGUUGCCAUAAUCAUUAUUUUAUUUACAGAGCGGAGUACCGGCAGCUUUACCUCACGCCGUAAUGGGACUUGUAGUAUUGUUUGGUGGUCAACUAGCUGAUAAUCUUCGAUCCUCUGGCAGGAUGUCAACUACGGCUGUCAGGAAGUUGUUUAAUUGUGGUGGCUUUGGAGGGGAGGCCUUCUUUAUGUUGUUCGUUGCGUAUACCAAGAGUGAAAAAGUUGCUUUGAUCUCAUUGGUUUUGGCCGUUGGAUCUUCUGGAUUCGCCAUCUCAGGGUUUAAUGUAAACCAUCUUGACAUUGCCCCAAGAUAUGCGGCCAUUUUGAUGGGAUUCUCGAAUGGGAUUGGGACACUGGCUGGAUUGGCCUGUCCUUUUGUGACGGAGACUUUAACGGCCAAGGGACCCCAUGGCUGGGUUACUGUAUUCCUGUUGGCCUCGCUGAUUCAUUUCACAGGCAUCACUUUCUACUUCUUCUACGCCUCAGGGGAAUUGCAAGUAGGUGAUUGGUCUUUUAUUCUCUUUCCUUUACUCUUAUACACAUUCUGGGUCAUUUCAGGAAUGGGCCGAGCCAAAAGAAGGGGAAGAAGAUGCUCCAUUUAAGGCGAACGGAACCCACAAAACAAACGAUCAGGUUUCUUAUGGGGCGGCGGGGGAACAAUCUAUAGCCCUGGCACCGCUGCCUAACGUGGCUGACAUUCAAGCAGGUAGUUGGAUUGCUCAAAUGUUACUAUCCUUAUACAAUUUAAUUAUAAUUGAGAGUUUUCAGAAAGAGGCUUCCCACCACCAUUGCAGACCAGCAAUCCCUUCCACGACACUUACACUGUUCGGAAUGACUAUUACCAAUAG